CCAAUCCGUUUCCCUCACCCUCAGCCCUCAAAAACCCCAUCCAAAGCCCAGAGCUAUGUUCCGAAUCCCAACGCAAAAAGAUCCAGCAUUCGGAGGAAAUACAAUCCCAUCAAGAAAUCCUCUGUGAAUCCGCAAUCAAAAGUUUGUAUAUUAUGGCAGCUGCGACAAGGCUAUUUUGCCGCCCUCCAGCAGCAGCAGUAGCGGCGGCUGCAUUCCCUUUACGUUCAAAAGGCAUGCGUCGGGACCUCACCAAUUGUAAAAAUAUUUCGAAUAUUAGGAGCACUAAGUGGGUGAAAAAGAAGGCUGUUGCUGCUGCUGCUACUGAAUCACUUGUGAAGAGGAGGACCCGUUCGGGGAGGGAAUUCGACCAAGAGCAUGUCCUCCGUCAGUAUAUAUCUGAAGGUGGCCAUGUUCCCGUCAUGCUUGGUGAGGUCUUGGAGGUCUUUCGUAGGCAGCAACUCCACUCCUUCAUUGACUGCACGGUUGGAGCCGCUGGUCAUUCUUCUGCAAUAAUUCGUGCUCAUUCUGAGUUGCAGCUGUUUGUUGGAUUGGACAUUGAUCCUAUAGCACACAAAAAGGCUCAAUCAUAUAUCAAGGCAAAUUUGAAUGAUGAUUCCCGCAGUGCACCUUCAGGGUUGAAAAUAUAUACCCUUUCGAAGAACUUUAGAUAUGUAAAGUCUGUACUUCGUGGAAUUGAUGAAAAUCUCUUAGAUGAUGGAGUGGAUGGGAUCUUAAUGGACUUGGGCAUGUCAUCUAUGCAGGUGAACAAUGCAGAGAGAGGAUUUAGUGUUCUCAAUGAUGGGCCUCUUGAUAUGCGGAUGGAUCCUCGGGGAAGCUUAAAAGCAGAAGACAUCUUGAAUUCGUGGCCCGGGGAUGAAGUGGGUCGAAUCUUGCGUGAGUAUGGGGAGGAAAGCAAUUGGCGCUCUCUUCAAACAAAGAUUGUGAAGGCCCGUUUAGGUGGUGGGCUGCAUUCUACUGGAGAACUAGUAAAACUUGUCCAAAGUACAUCUGGCAGGUCAGGAGGAAGGCAGGGCUGGAUAAAGACUGCUACUCGGGUAUUCCAAGCGCUGAGAAUAGCAGUUAACGACGAACUGAAGACAUUGGAAGAUGCCCUCUAUGCUUGUUUCGAUUGCCUCUCUUCUGGCGGCCGGCUUGCUGUUAUCUCUUUCCACAGUUUGGAGGACAGGAUCGUGAAGCAGACAUUUCUGGACAUCAUCAACCAGGGGGAUGAUGGUGGGGAAGACGGGAGAUUUCGUCGAGGUCUAACAAAGGAGGAUGGCAACGAUAUCGAUGAGACAUGGAGUGAACAAAGGAUAGAGGGGAGGAAUGGGACCAUUCUCACAAAAAGACCUAUAACGCCUUCCGAAGAAGAAGAGAGGCUGAAUCGCAGGUGUCGAAGUGCCAAGCUUAGAGUAAUUCAGAAGGCCUGAAAUCAACAAUCGGCCGCAACCCCAGAGAGUCUGUUCAACCUAGAGAAAUUAUAGGGGUCCUGCUUGUCAGCAGGUGUAUGCUCUACACAUGGGCCCAUUGUUUGGUAAUCCAAAUCAUUAUGAUAGGUCUCAAAAGGACUGAAUGUCAAAAGGGCAAUGGUCUUUCGAUCUUGAAGAUUUCUGGAACAACCCCACCAUUCAUGGUAUGGCUCAUCCGAUCAACAAUGGAUUGGAUCUCCGAACCAUGAUCCUGAAAGGUACAGACAGGUAACCUUUGCUUAUGAGCAGCACCCUAUAAUUCCUCUUCAUCCUCCUGUGGUUGUGAUUCCUCAUCUCACAUCCUGAUUUUAAAGAGUAGUUACUAAAGCAGAAUCCAAGUUGUACUGUUACAUUUCUUUUGUUGUAUGAUAACAUUAUAAUGCAUUGAUUAAAUUUUCUUUUAAUCUAUAUAUGAAAGAAAUCCAGUUUCCUUUUGCAUGCA